GUAAAACAUGAUUAUAUAUUGGAUCCAUGAUCCUAUAUUGUAUAUACGUAAUAUUUUUAAAUUUAAAAAAUGGAGAAUAUUGUUAUUUAUUGGCAUUUGUGCUCUUGUUUUAAGAAUAGAUAUCAUUAUACAAAGUUUAUAUCCUUCUGUAACACAAUUGACGGAACAACAUAAGUGUCCAGUAUGUUACGGGGUUUCUGCGUGUCAUAAUAUUCAUCAAAUAAAUCUCUUAUGGCACGAUCUUAAUACAAUAGUUUCUCACUUAAUUGAUGUUAAAAAUGUGUUCUUUGCAACAUAUAAUCAAAGCAAGGUGGUGCUGAAAAAAUUGGCACAAUCUUCUGAAUUAAAAGCAUUUGACAUUGCAUUGUGUCAAAAACUCCAUUUGGAAUAUCCUUGUAUGAAUGUUCUAUUGGAUAAGUAUAUAGGAGAUUUUGAUAAUCAUAUCAAAGAAACAAUUACCUCCAAUUUUUCUAAAGACGACUCUAGUCGUUUGAGACUUUGUCCAACAAUACAACAUUUGGAUGAUUUAUUUUAUAACGUUUAUCUUAACAAUAAACAUAUUGAUCCUACACAACAUUUAAUUAAUCUCUGGACAAUGGUUUCUUUAAACCCAGAGCCAUUAAUCCUUCAGAUAUUGACCGCAGAAAAUGGAUGGCCAGUGCCAAAAUAUUUUGGAGCAUGUGGCCGAAUUAUUAUCGAAGAAUAUAUUGGUCCACCACUUUCAGAUUAUUAUGAUAAAUCUUGGAUUCAGAGAGCAAAAAUAACAUCGAGUCUUUUAAAUGCCGCUCACAUGUUCACCUUUAAAAAUGAAAAAUUUGGUUUUUAUUUAACAGAUGUAUCAGCCGAUAAUAUUGCUGUUGAUUAUAAAAAUAUAGCAAAAUUUAUCGAUUUAGAAAAUAUUAUUGUUGUUGAUAAAAAUAUUUCUUUAGAAGGCAUACCAGAAGAAUGGCAUAAAUUACAAAAGAACAUGAUGCAUUUUGAUUGUUCUAAUUGUUUUGCAUUUUCCGCCGAAGAUAUUUGUAAUCAUCAUCUAAGCGAUCAUAAUUAUUAUGCAAUCUGUCAGCUAUUGUUAGAUUCAACAAAUGAAAAUUUAUUUCCUGGUGGAUUUCUUCAUGAUGUACCUAUUAAUAUUCAACGGCAGUAUCCAAAUAUUGAAUAUUUGUUGCAACAAUGUGCCAUUCCUAAUUCUACCAAUUCUAGGAUAUUUUUCGGUCAGCGACUUAAGACAUCAUUGGAUACAAUUUUAGAAUUGUCUUAAUAUGAAUAUAAUGAAAUAAAAGCUUAAAGAAUCACAUUGCACAUGUGAAAUAAUGCAAAUUUAUGGUUCUUUUUUUAUAUUUAAAGAAUAUUUUACAAUUUUUUUAUAUUAAUAAUUUUCAAUGAUCAAAAAAUAGUCUCUUAUCAUAAUAAAUAGUUUCUUAAUAAUAAGAAAUAAAAUUACAAAUAAAAUGAUCAUGAUUAAGCUUAUAAAAAAGCUAAAUUUUAUAUUAUUUUUUAUUAUUUCAAUAUUUCUAUAUUUAUAAGAAUUAAUGAUAAUUGACAUAUUCAAAUAUAUUUGCGUAUAUAAAUUUUAAUAAAUAUAGUAAAAAUGUUUGUACAUAUGUAAUACUAUACACAUAGUACCAAUAAAAAAUAUAUUUUAUAGUACAUAACACGAUUUUGCAUACUUUGUUUAAUUUAUCUAAUAGAUGCUAUUGUAAUUGUUUUGUUGUUGUUUUACAGUCUUGUUUCAUCAACUUCAGAUAGUUAAUAUUUAAUAAUGUCAAAUAAUUAAUAAUUAAAACUAGAUUGGCUGAGCUUACUGAUCAAUGUAAAUAAUCAAUACUUGGAAAAUGUAAAUAAUAUAAAAAUUAUUCUAUACAAAUGAAUUGUGCGUCCAUGGCAGUUGAAAAAGCUGAAUUAGAAAGUUUGAAUCUGCAAAUAUUUAAGAAUUGAUUAUAUUUUAUCAUGUAUGUAAUUAUGAGUUAUUACUUUCUAUAAAAGACUUGAGUGAAAAAAAUUAUAAUUACCGUCGGCGUCUUUUAUUUUUUUCUAAUAGCAG